ACCCUCUAGGCCCGCCCCCAAACUCACGGAGGGGGCUGCCUCCUCCCCAGGCAGAAGUGUGGUGGCUGUGGAAGGAUGGAGGGUGCGGCUGGUGGUAGCUUCUCCGAUGACCAGUUCUGGGAGGUCUGCAUGGAGCUGCAGCGGUUCCAGCUGGUCGGGGCCAACUGGGAGCUGAUGGUGGAGGCCCAAGGCAUCUGCGUCUACAGGCGCCUGGAUGAGCAGACUGGACUUUGUGAGUAUAAGGUCUAUGGUGUUCUGGACAAUUGUCUGCCGGAUGUACUUGCAGAUGUCUAUAUGGACUUAGACUACAGAAAACAAUGGGAUGAAUAUAUUGAAGAAUUCUACCAAUUGGAAUACAAUGGAGAUACCGUGGUCUACUGGCAAGUGAAGUACCCUUUUCCCAUGUACAACCGAGACUACGUGUAUAUCCAACAGCGGCGAGACCUGGACUUGAACGGGUGGAAGAUCCACGUGAUCCUGGCUCAGAGCACCUCUGUACCUCAGAUUGCUGAGAGGUCUGGUGUGGUCCGGGUGAAUCAGUACAAGCAGAGCCUGGCAAUCGAGAGUGAUGGCAAGAAGGGGAAGCAAAGUUUUCAUGUAUUACUUCGAUAACCCGGGUGGCCUAAUUCCGUCCUGGCUCAUUAACUGGGUCGCCAAGGGUAGUGUUCCUGUCUUCUUGAAUGACAUGGCCAAUGCCUGUCAGAGGUACAAGAGGAGAACCUAAGAAUGGGGAUUGUAUGUUCAUGGAAUGAUUUCUCUGGAAGUGCUAAAGCCACCUGAAGCUCUGCUUUCCUUUUACUUUCCAUUUUCGGAGACCUGCAAGCUAUCCAGUAUUUCCUCCCUGAGUGUGUUUGCCUGACACCGGGCUUCCUUUCCCAGUCUCCCCACCCCGGGACUGGCUGCCUUCUUCCACUGUUGAAUAUGGGUCAGAAUAGGGAAACUCUUGCUUGUUUAUUUUUAAAAAGGGAAGUCCUCAGUAGAGAACACAAUCAUUCCAUUGUGCCAUUUCAGCGGGAUGGGUGGGUGGAGGAACGACAACAAUGCAGGAGCAACUGAUCCCGGGGAGCUGGCUCCUUCCCAGAAUGUGACUUCUUGCAGCUCAGGAGGGGCUGCUGCGAGCCCCAUCCCCUUCAGAGUGGAGUCUCAGGGCAACAAGACUGGAUGAUAUGGACUGAAGUCCAUUUGCCUUAUGCUUUAGUGUAUUGAUUUGGCUGCAGCGUGAGGUGAUAAUGCAGUAAGUCUCUCUCCCGUUCCUACUUGUGGAAGAUCAUGACCUGUUUUGAUUUCAAACCAUUCUGAAAAACAGUAGAGGCCUAAGCACUUAAUGUGAUAACCACUUUUUUUCUCAUCAUCCAUGUCUAGAUUUCUGUUUCCCACAUGCCCCAGGGGAGAGGCUGCGCAUACCUUGCUUAUUCUGCAUUUUAUUGGAAACUGAGGCAUCACGAUGGCUCUGGAAGUUAGCAAAAGGCAAGAUGCUCUGCACACAGCACUGUGAUAAAGUGUCCUUCUAUGCAAUAAAAUGAAUUACCUUCUAGAACGUUUAGAGAUACUGAACAGAUAGAGUUCACAGCCAAGGAAAUACUAGUGGAUUGAUCAACUCUCCACCUUUUCCUCAGGAAUACAACCUAAGUUGCCUGCCUCUUUGACCACCAAAAGACUUCCAAUUCCUUGUUUUCUCCUGAAUUUUGGUAAACCAGGAUGUUCCGUGGCUAAAGGCACAGCCUUCAUGAUCUCAGGGAAACAUUUUAACCACAGUAUUAUGGUACUGAACCUUGAUUAGAGGUCAUAGAAAUUCAGGAUGUGAAAACAGAAGCAGAGGAUUUAUUAAAAUGGGAGAUGUCAGACUGUAUGUUUGCUCUCUGGGAAAAUAGAUUGAUACCAAUAAAUACCGAGUGACUUA